CUAAUAUUUAACCCGAUUUCCCCCUCGCUGCAGCUCGCACCUGCUGCCCCUUGUCCCGGCUCCUGGCACCGGCAGAAGCAGCGGGGCUCCGUCUCUCCCGCUUAUCCCCAUUCCAGGCUUGCUGCCGGCCGUCUCUGCCGCGGCACCGGGAUCACCGCCAUGGAGUACAUCAGCACACGGGGAGGCACGGGGGCCGUGGACUUCGAGGGAGCCCUUUUCUCUGGCUAUGCCCCCGAUGGCGGCCUCUUCAUGCCCCAGCGCAUCCCCUCGCUGGACAGGGACACCCUGCGAAGGUGGAGCAGCCUCUCCUACCCUGAGCUGGUGAAGGAGCUGUGCUCCCUCUUCAUCCCGGCCGAGCUGGUCCCACGGAAUGUGCUCAGUGAGUUGAUUGACAAGGCCUUCAGCAGAUUCAGACACAAGAAUGUUGUGCAUCUGUCCAGGCUGAAAGAUGGGCUGAAUAUUUUGGAGCUCUGGCAUGGUGUUACAUAUGCAUUUAAGGACUUGUCCUUGUCCUGCACAGGACAGUUUUUACAGUAUUUCUUGGAGAAAAGGCAGAAGCAUGUCAAUAUCCUGGUGGGGACUUCAGGGGACACGGGGAGCUCAGCCAUCGAGAGCGUGAGAGGGCAGAAGAACUUGGACAUCUUUGUUCUGCUGCCCAAGGGGCUCUGCACCCAGAUACAGGAGCUUCAGAUGACCACUGUCAUUGAAGACAACGUCCACGUCUUUGCUGCUCAUGGGAACAGCGAUGAAAUCGAUGAGCCCAUCAAGGAACUGUUUGCUGAUGUUGAUUUUGCUGGAAAAUACAACCUGAUGAGCUUGAAUUCUGUCAAUUGGUCCAGGAUUAUGGUGCAGAUUGCCCACUACUUCUAUGCCUACUUUCAGUGUGCCCCAUCCCUGGGUACCACCCAGCUGCCCAUGGUGGAAAUUGUUGUGCCAACGGGAGGAGGAGGAAAUAUCACGGCUGGCUGUAUUGCCCAGAAAAUGGGUCUCCCCAUUCGACUUGUUACUGUGGUGAACAGCAAUGACAUCAUUCAUAGGACUGUUCAACAUGGAGAUUUCUCACUGGCACAGAGUGUGAAGGCUACCUUAGCUUCAGCCAUGGAUAUCCAGGAGCCUUACAAUGUGGAGAGGAUCCUCUGGCUGCUCUCAGGCUGUGACGGCCGCCUGAUAAAAACUCUGAUGGAGCAAUUCAACAUCUCAAAAAGGCUGAAGCUGCCAGAGGAUUUGCACAGAAAGCUCUCUGAGAGCCUGGGAUCGUGCUCAGCCUCUGACCAGGACAUCGUGGGAGCCAUGCGGCGCUGCUGGGAGGAGAACCAGUACCUGCUGUGCCCCCACUCUGCCGUGGCUGCUCACUACCACUACUCACAGCCACACAGCAUCCCCCGGUGUUGUUUGGCUCCAGCCUCUGCAGCCAAAUUUCAGGAUGCCCUUCUCCGAGCUGGCCUGGCUCCCCAGAUCCCCCCUGAAAUCUCUGCCCUGACAGCCAUGGAGACCAGGUCCACUCCCCUGGAGCGGGGGCAGGACUGGGCACAGGUGCUCCGGGGCCGGAUUGAAGCUGUGGCACAGCAGUGGGAGGCACAGGCGGGUCACUCUGCCCCCCAGGGCAGGUAGUCACACAGAUAUCACCACUG